ACUGACCCGCCCAUCCAAGUCCAGAUGAGAAGGUAAAAAUCUCGGCUACUGGAGCUUCUGGACUUUCAAAACGAACCCAAGCGGCCCGCUGCCAUUGCUUGAGGAAACCAUGGGAGUCUUAAGCUAGUGUACGGUGCUAGUGCAUGCAGAAUACCCAAGCGAUCUGUCCCGGGCGAGGCAGGAACUAAUAUUCUCAACUUUUGUCCAUCCACCGUGUUCUCCGAGUCUUCCAAGACAAUAAGAGGCGAUCGGCGCGGCAUCCUCAAGUCGUGACCUGCCCGCUGAGAUAGGCAAGCGAGACUUGCAGCCGCUCCCGGCCUCGCGCCACGACGACGCAGAGGAGAUGGGUUUUGCUGCGUGUCCUCGGCCAAUAUGGCGAACUGAUGACUUUACCCAUUGUUUCCAGCAAGACUACCUCAAAGUCCUGCUGCCAUUGGCUAUUAUCAGCUUGUCCUUCCUUCAACUCGCGAUCCAGAACAUCUUGCGCGCCGUCAAGUUAAAGCGAAGUAGAGGGUACGAGCGCAUCGGCAAUGCUGCAGCUCCGAUAGCGCCUCCGAGUCACACGGCGCUGCCUGUCGAGGAAGAACCCGUCGACGAGAGCGACGACGAGGAAGGCCUGACAGUAAACGGUGGCCGUCUGGCCCUGGUGAAAACCACAACAAAAGGCUCAAUCGUGCAAGCCGACAGUCCUCCGGGCCAGACCUUGUCCGUCAUCGUGGAGGAACUUGCCGUUCUCGGUCUUGUCGCCGUGAACGCCGUCGCGCUGGCGACAGGAGCCUAUGGGAAGCAACGGGGAGGCAUUGCUGCCAUUGCCGGCUUGACCGUCUGGAUCUAUGUUCUCUCCCUCACCUCGCUCCGCCUUUUCCUGGGGAACACGCAAUGGCGCGUGCCACGGAUAUGGAACCACACGGCUACCAUAUACAGCUUCCAGUGGCUGUUCACCCUGGUCAUAUUCCGCUCCGUUCUGGUCCACCCGAGUUCGCAAUUGACACAGAUGCUGGUUAUUAUUGAGUUCUCCCUGACAUCGCUGCUUUUUGGAAUGGCAAUAUGCACCCGCAAGGGCAACAAAACCAUUCUGCUGGAAUGGGAGGACGGCAUUCAGCCCGCGCGCGAGAACCUGGCUUCGCUUUUCUCGCACUACACCUUCUCAUGGGUCGACUCCAUUGUAUGGGCUGGCUUCAAGGAGCCUCUGGACAUCACGAGAGUUUGGAACCUUCUUCCCAAGGACAAGGCCGCUGCCGUCCUGGCCAGCUAUCGUCAGUUCAAGAAGACGACCGCUUUGUCUUUCCAUCUUGUCAGAUACUUCAAGGGCAUGCUGGUUGCCCAGGCGAUUUGGGCUGUUUUGAGCGGCAUUCUUGCCUUCGCCCCAACCCUGCUUCUCAAGGCCAUCCUGGAAUACGUCGAGGACCCCUCGGCUGCACCAAGGAACGUACUAUGGCUCUACGUCAUUCUCCUUCCAGUGACGGAUAUCGCCCGCUCUGUCUGCGAUGGUCAAGCUCUGUGGAUCGGGAGAAAGAUCUGCAUCAAUAUACGGGCCAUUUUGGUGGGCGAGAUCUAUGCCAAAGCCCUCCGCCGCAAAGCCGCCGCCGGCAAAGACACGGUUUUGGGCAGCAAGAAGAAUGAUACACCAAAAAAGGGCAUAAUUGCAAGGGCUAAGCGGUUCUUGCGCCUCGAGAAGGAUACCAAUGCCAACCAGAAGACCACGAAUGGGACGGCAGACGGAUCAAAUGACAAAAAGACGGGCGACUCUGACGAGCAAGCCAAUCUUGGCACCAUUAUCAACCUGAUGUCGGUUGAUAGCUUUAAGGUUUCUGAGGUGACAGCGUACCUACACUUCCUCGUCGCUUCAGCUCCCACUCAACUGCUUGUUUCCGUCAUCUUACUCUAUGAGGUGAUGGGUCUAAGCGCCAUUCCAGGAUUCAUCGUCAUGGCUCUGCUGCUUCCGAUCAACAUCAUCUUCGGCAAAGCUUUCAACUCAAGCCAGAAGCAGAUUAUGGCUGCUACAGACAAACGGAUCCAUACGACAAACGAGAUCCUGCAGAAUAUCAGGAUCAUCAAGUACUUUGCCUGGGAGCAUCGGUUUGCCAAUCUCGUUGACGAAAAGAGACGAGCAGAACUCAAAGCUCUACGGAAAAGAUUCAUGAUCUGGGCAGCCGCUGUGGCGGUUUGGAACACUGUCCCCAUCCUCAUCACCUUUUUCUCGUUUCUUAUGUACACGGUCGUCGAAAAGAAGCCGUUGUACCCCUCGGUGGCUUUUACGGCCAUCUCGCUCUUCAUGCUCCUCCGCUACCCUCUCGAUCAGCUUGGGGACAUGAUUGCCCACGUCCAGGAAUCCAAGGUGUCGAUAGAUCGUAUCGAGGAGUUCUUGUCCGAGGAAGAGACAGAGAAAUUCGAACAACUGGGUACCGACAACAUCGACGAGAACGGCAAUAAGGUGAUUGGGUUCCGGAACGCUACGUUUAUUUGGGGCAGCAAAACGACCGUUGCGGAUGACGGCUCCAUGGCUUUUCGCCUGCUUGAUCUCGACAUUGACUUCAAACUUGGUAAACUGAAUGUCAUCACUGGCCCGACAGGUUCCGGUAAAACGUCCAUUCUGAUGGCGCUCCUUGGCGAGAUGACAAUCAUGAGCGGCCGGGUCUACCUACCAGGUGGUCGCAGCCGUGAAGAGGUGCGCCCUGAUCCCGAGACCGGGCUAGCCGAGACGUGUGCAUACGUUGCCCAGCAGGCUUGGUUAGUCAAUGCCAGCAUCAAGGAGAACAUCCUCUUCUCUGCGCCCUUCGAUGAACAACGAUACCGCGACGUUAUCGUUGCAUGUGCCCUGGAGCGUGACUUGGAGAUCCUGGACAACGGUGACGAGACGCUGGUGGGUGAGAAGGGCAUCACGCUCUCUGGUGGCCAGAAACAACGCAUAUCACUGGCUAGAGCAGUUUACUCCAACUCCAAGCAUUUACUGCUGGAUGACUGCCUCAGCGCCGUCGACGCUCAUACGGCCCAGUGGAUAUUCAGCAACUGCAUCAUGGGCCCGCUGAUGCGGCACCGGACCUGCAUUCUGGUGUCGCACAACAUCCCGCUCUGCGUGCCCUCGUCAGAUUACGUUGUGAUGAUGGGCAACGGCCGUGUCACCGCCCAAGGUACACCGCAAGAGCUCAUCGCGGCCGGGAAAUUUGGUGAGGAUAUCAUGCUUCCAAAGUCAAUGCCGACGUCGGCGCACAUAUCCCGCGUGCCCUCUCGCGUACCUUCUAGUGUUGGGGAUGAGAGCGGCGGCACUUUGGUCAAUGAACCGGACGGCGACCAGCAACAGGCGAAAGCCCAGGUUGCCAAGAAGGAGGUUAGGAAGCAAGACGCGAUGGAAGAGGCAAAGGCAACUGGCGCAGUGAAGUGGCCUGUCAUGAAGCUCUACCUGCAGUCCAUGGGACCAUGGUGGUUCUGGGUUGUGGCAGCUUUGGUCUUUGGCGCGCAGCAGUUUUCAGGGGUGGCCACCAACAUUUGGAUUAGGGAGUGGUCCAACCAAUACACUGACGAGGAGACGCUCAAGAUCCCGUUCAACAUGAAUUCCCUGAGCUCCUCGAGCCAGACGAUGUCUCCGACCUACUUUGCAUCGAUCGCGAGCUAUGUCAAAGGCGCUGACGCAGCAUAUUCGACGGCGGGAGCAGCGGAGGUGAACGUCAAGUACUACUUGACGGUUCUGGCCCUCAUCGGCAUCGCAGGGGCACUAUCCGCUCUGGUCAGGGAUCUGUGGCUUUUCUUCGGCUCGCUUACUGCCUCCUGGAAACUGCAUAGCCGCUUGAUGGCCUCGGUCAGCGGGGCCAGAUUCAAGUUCUUUGAUGUUACACCUCUUGGGCAGAUGAUGAACCGGUUCAGCAAGGACUUGGAGGCUGUUGACCAGGAAGUGGCUCCCAUCGCCAUCGGUGUCAUGGGGUGUGCUCUGGGAAUCGUCGUGACCGUGGUCAUCAUCGCUUACAUCACCCCCAUGUUCUUGGUUGCGGGCGUCUUCAUCACCCUGGCAUAUGUCCUUCUUGGACAGUUCUACCUGCAUGCAUCGCGAGACCUGAAGCGACUAGAAUCGGUCGAGCGGAGUCCCCUCUUUCAGCAGUUUGGAGAGACACUGACGGGCGUUACAACCAUCCGCGCAUACGGCGACGAAAGACGGUUCAUUCGAGACAAUCUUGCCAGGAUCAACAGGCAGCUGCGGCCAUUCAUCUAUCUCUGGGCUGCCAACAGGUGGCUUGCCUUCAGGACCGACCUGCUUGGCGACUGUGUUGCAUUCUUUGCUGGCGUAUUCGUCACGCUGAGUCUCGGGAAAAUCGACCCGGGCUCUGCCGGUGUCUCGCUGAGCUAUGCGAUUGGUUUCGCGGACAACAUCCUCUGGCUGGUUCGCUUGUACGCAAUGAACGAGCAGAACAUGAACUCGGUUGAGCGAAUCAAGGAGUACUUGGAUGUCGAGCAGGAGGCGGCGGCAAUCGUGGAGAAGAACCGCCCGCCAGAGAACUGGCCGUCGGAGGGUGCAGUGGAGUUUAUCAACUACAGCACGCGGUACCGCAAGGAGUUGGAUCCCGUUCUGCGCAACCUCACUUUCAAGAUUGCGGCUCGCGAAAAGAUUGGCAUUGUGGGACGGACUGGGGCCGGCAAGAGUUCGCUAACGCUGGCGAUUUUCAGGGCGUUGGAAGCCGAUGAGGGCAAGAUUCUGAUUGACGGUGUCGAUAUUGGCCUAAUCGGGCUUCGCGACCUGCGCGAGGCCAUCACAAUCGUGCCUCAGGAUCCCACACUCUUCAUGGGCACCAUCCGGAGCAACCUUGACCCCUUCAACCUGUACACCGACGAGGAAGUCUUUACAGCCCUUCGCCGGGUCCACCUCCUUCAGGCCGACGAAUUCCUGGCCGCCACCAACCCCUCGGUUGUUCCCGAAUCGACGACAGCCGCCGAUAGCGUCGCUGGAACAACAGCAACAGAGCAGUCGCGGCCGCCCUCGGCCGCUACCAAUAAGAACAUCUUCAUGGACCUCUCCUACCCGGUUACAGAAUCGGGCAACAACCUCUCCCAGGGACAGCGUCAGCUGCUGUGCCUGGCGCGCGCUCUCCUCAAGAAGCCGACCGUCCUGGUCAUGGACGAGGCCACAGCGUCGAUCGACUACGCCACCGAUUCGGCCAUCCAGGAGACGAUCCGCGAGCUGACAAGCACCAUCAUCACCAUUGCCCACCGCCUGCAGACAAUCGUCGACUAUGACAAGGUGCUGGUCCUGGAUAAAGGCCGCAUCGUCGAGUACGGCCACCCGUGGGAGCUGCUGAGAAAGCCUAGUAGCGCGGUUGGCAGCUUCAAGGCCAUGUGCGAGAUGAGCGGCGACUAUGCGAGCCUCGCGGCGGCGGCUAAGAAGGCGUAUCAGGCGAAGAUGUUGGUUGAUUUGGAUGGUGAUGGCGAGGAGCCGGGAAGGGAGGAGAGACGUGAUGAGGAUGGUGGUAAUUGUGGUGCUUCUCGGGCGGCCGAUGCAUAAGCUAGGUGUUGCCUUGAGUGCUGUUGGAUAUGUACUGUACGGAUGGCAAUGGACAUUCAAUGUGUACAUGCACGCUUGCUGUUGAUAGUCCUAGGUGGUGGGCAGUGAGGGAGAGGCCGGUUGGAGUUGGGAAGCCGAGUUGGCGUUGAAUUGCCGAGUCAGUUCUUGUUUAUUUGGCGGCCGGCUGAGAUGUAUUGUACUGUACAUAGAUACAUAAACGCAUACAUACAU